AUGAGCGUUUCGGAGCUGGUUGCGGUGUUGCGCCCUGCAUUUCGGGCGGAGGAUUAUGAUAAGGUCGAGGAGGUUCUGGAGAGCAAGUACGAGAAGCUCCAAGUGCAGGUUGAGAAGGAGAAGCUGGAAAGAAUUCAUCUUGAGGAACAGCUGAGGAAGAGAGUGGAAGAGUUUGAUAGAGGGAAGAAGGAUAAGGAGAAUUAUGAAAACUUGUUGAAGAUUAUGAAGGAAGCUGGUGGUUUGGCUAGUGGUCAUGAUUCUCAUUGUAUUGAUGAGAUGAAGAAGAAGAUUGGUGAGUUAGAGUUGGAGAAGAAAAAAUUGGUGGAUGGUAUUGAAGAGUUAAGGAAAAAGAAUGUGGAGUUAGUUUGUGAGAAUUAUGAGCUGAAUGAGAUGAAGGAAAAAUGGGUUGAUGAUAGUAGUGCUCUGGCUGAGCUUAGGAUCAGGGUCAGUGUUUUGGAGGAGGAGAAGUUUAAUGUUCAUAAUGCCUUGGUUGCAGCUAGGAAGAGAAAUGAAGAGUUUGGAAGCUAUGGGCUUUUGGUUGAAAAAGAAGAGAAAGAUGAAGAGAAUGAGGAGGAAAAUGAAAAUGGCGUUCCUGACAAAUCUGACGAUGAAAUGCCUGAGCAAUCUGUAAGUGAAGAUAGAAAUGAUUCUGAUAAUGAAUCUGAAAAUGUGAAGACACCUAGAAAGAGGAAUAAAGUAUCAUCCACAAAGAAAGAAUCUGCUGAAAAAAGUAAAAAGAUUAUUACAGUUGAAAGGAAACCUCGCUCAGCACCGAAGAGAAUUUCCAAGAAGCCAUUGGCAACACACGAGUCUGAUGAUGAUAGUGAAGAAAGUCCAAAGGUCUCUUCAAGGAAAAAGAAAAAUGAAAAACAAGGAAAACAGAAGACCUCAACUGUGACUAAGUUUUCCUCCUCCAAAGAGAAAACGGAAAAGGUUACUAGAGGAAGGAGCCAGAGCAAAGGGAAGUUGAACCCCAGUGAUGGUCAGAUACGUGAUGCAAUAUGUGAAAGUUUCAAAGAAAUCGACUUCAACACGGUAAGAAGUUGCAUUAUCUUCGAAUGCUGGAUGAUUCCUUCACCAGUGCAAGUGGAAUUCCCAAAACUAGAUUAGAAAUUUAGGGUACUU